UGCAACGGACCGGAAGUGGGAGCAGAAGUGACGUAAAGUGACGCUACGCACCUCGGCGCACGAAGUCCGAACUGGCAGACGGCGGAGCACGCGCUGGUGCCCCGAACUAACUGGGGUGAAUUCUUGGGACCCUUGGUCGUGGAAGGCUUCCGCAGAGACUAGUGGGCCGAGAGUCGCGGAGACCCUGGAACUGGAAUUCCUGGAAAACUGCGUCAUGUCCCAGUGCCACAGGCUGGCAUCCCUUACCUGGAGUGGCUGAGACCCUGAGAUGUUCAGAGUGGGUUUUGUCUCACAGACCCGCACAGCCUGCAUGUCAGCCAACCUCGGAGCCCUCCUGAGAACAGGCCAUUAUGCCCAAGAUAAUCCUGAGUGGGGUGACCGUGGAUUUCCCUUUCCAGCCAUACAAAUGCCAGGAGGAGUACAUGGCCAAAGUCCUGGAGUGUCUGCAGAAGAAAGUGAAUGGCGUCCCGGAGAGCCCCACGGGCACAGGGAAGACCCUAUGCCUGCUCUGCAGCACGCUGGCCUGGCGGGAGCACCUCCGUGAUGCCAUCUCCGCCCGCAAGAUUGCUGAGAGGACCCAAGGGGAUCUCUUCCUCGAUCGCCCCUUGUCUUCCUGGGGGAAUGCUGCUUCAGAGGGAGACGCCACAGCUUGCUACGCAGACAUCCCAAAGAUCAUUUAUGCCUCCAGGACCCACUCGCAACUCACACAGGUCAUCGGCGAGCUUCGGAACACGUCCUACCGGCCCAGGGUGUGUGUGCUGGGCUCCCGGGAGCAGCUGUGUAUCCACCCCGAGGUGAAGAAGCAGGAGAGUAACCACAUGCAGAUCCACCUGUGCCGCAAGAAGGUGGCGAGUCGCUCCUGUCAUUUCUACAACAACGUAGAAGAAAAGAGCCUGGAGCAGGACCUGGCCACCUCCAUCCUGGACAUCGAGGACCUGGUCAAGAGUGGGAACAGGCACAAGCUGUGCCCAUACUACCUGUCCCGGAAUCUGAAGCAGCAGGCUGACAUCAUCUUCAUGCCCUACAACUACUUGUUGGAUGCCAAGAGUCGCCGGGCACAGGGCAUCGACCUGAAGGGGACAGUGGUGAUCUUCGAUGAAGCUCACAAUGUGGAGAAGAUGUGCGAGGAGUCGGCGUCCUUUGAUCUGACGCCCCACGAUGUGGCCUCUGGAUUGGACGUCAUUGACCAGAUCCUGGAGGAACAGAGUAGGGCAGCGCAGCAGGGGGAGCUCCGCCUGGAGUUCAGUGCAGACGCCAACACAGGGCUGAACAUGGAGCUGGAGGACAUUGCGAAGCUGAAGAUGAUCCUGCUUCGCCUGGAGGGCGCCAUCGAUGCUGUGGAGCUGCCUGGAGGUGACGGAGGUGUCACCAAGCCGGGGAGCUACAUCUUGGAGCUGUUUGCCGAGGCCCAGAUCACACUGCAGACCAAGGGCUGCAUCUUGGAGUCCCUGGACCGGAUCAUCCAGCACCUGGCAGGACGCGCAGGGCUGUUCACCAACACGGCGGGACUGCAGAAGCUCGUGGACAUCAUCCAGAUGGUGUUCAGUACAGACCCUGCCGAGGGCAGCUCCUCAGUGGGGCCCGAAGCCUCUCAGUCCUACAAGGUACACAUCCACCCUGACACCAGCCACCGGGGGACAGCUCAUCGGUCAGAUGCUUGGAGCUCCACGGCGUCCAGAAGGCGAGGGAAGGUGCUCAGUUACUGGUGCUUCAGCCCCGGCUGCUGCAUGCGCGAGCUGGUCCGCCAGGGCGUGCGCACGCUCCUCCUCACCAGCGGCACGCUGGCCCCGGUGUCCUCCUUCGCCCUGGAGAUGCAGAUCCCCUUCCCAGUCUGCUUGGAGAACCCGCACGUCAUUGACAAGCACCAGAUCUGGGUGGGGAUUGUCCCCAGAGGCCCUGAUGGAGCCCAGCUGAGCUCCGCCUUUGACAAACGGUUCUCUGACGAGUGCUUGUCCUCUCUGGGGAAGGCGCUAGGUGAGUUCCCGGGAAGCCCUGGCCUGGCUGUCCCAUCCUGGACCCCACCCAUCCAUGGUGUCUGGGGAGCCUGCCUCGCCCCUGCCCAGCCCUGCACCCUUCCCUGCUUUCUCUUCCUGGGGCAGCCGGCGGGGCCUCUGGACGCCCUUCCCACUGACCAUGGCCACUCACUUCCAGUCAACAUCACGCGCGUGGUCCCCCACGGGCUCCUGGUCUUCUUCCCCUCCUACCCCGUCCUGGAGAAAAGCCUGGAGUUCUGGCGGGCCCGGGACUGUGCCAGGAAGCUCGAGGCCCUGAAGCCUUUGUUUGUGGAGCCGAGGAGCAAGGGCAGCUUCUCAGAGGUGAUGGGUGCUUACUACGCAGCUGUCGCCUCCCCGGGAUCCCGAGGGGCCGCCUUCCUGGCUGUGUGCCGGGGGAAGGCCAGCGAGGGGCUGGACUUCGCAGAUGUGAAUGGCCGAGGGGUGGUUGUCACGGGUCUCCCGUACCCCCCACGCAAGGACCCCCGGGUCAUCCUCAAGAUGCAGUUCCUAGAUGAGAUGAAGGGCCGGAGUGGGGCCUCGGGCCAGUUCCUUUCUGGGCAAGACUGGUACCGGCAGCAGGCGUCCAGGGCUGUGAACCAGGCCAUCGGGAGGGUCAUCCGGCAUCGCCACGACUAUGGGGCCGUCUUCCUCUGUGACCACAGGUUCACCAGUGCGGAUGCCAGAGCCCAGCUGCCAUCCUGGGUGCGCCCCCACGUCCAAGUAUACGACCACUUCGGCCACGUCAUCCGAGAUGUGGCCCAGUUCUUCCGGGUGGCUCAAAAAACAAUGCCGGCGCCCCUGGCUGCCACCCCGAGCCCGGGCCCGGGAGAAGGCACCGUCCCAGUGGCCGUGUCACUCGGGGCCCUCUCCACCAAGAAAGCCAAGAGUCUGGACCUGCACGUCGCCAGCCUGAGGCGGAGGCCUCCAGGACUGCCAGCCUCCGGGGACGGCGGGGACACCGAGGGCAGCCUGUGUGUGGAGUACGAGCAGGAGUCGGUUCACACCCAGCGAAGGCCUGUGGGGCUGCUGGCCGCCCUGGAGCACAGCGAGCAGCUGGCCCGAAGGCCCGGGGAGCAGGCCGGGCCUGGGGAGGAGGAGGCACAGUGCCGCUCCAGCACGUCCCUCCCGGGUGAGAAGAGGUCUGUGGCGGAGCAGAGAGGAGGCAGGAAGAAGAUCAGGCUGGUCAGCUGCCAGCAGGAGGGGCUGACGGCAGGUGCGCAGGCGGACAGAGCCAAGCUCUUCAUGGUGGCCGUGAAGCAGGCGCUGAGCCGGGCCAGCUUUGCCGCCUUUACGCAGGCCCUGCAGGAGUACAAGGGCUCGGACGACUUCCAGGCUCUGGUAGACCACCUCAUCCCCCUCUUUGCCCAAGACCCCAAGAAGCACAGCCUGCUCCAAGGCUUCUACCAGUUCGUGCGGCCCCACCACAAGCAGCGAUUUGAGGAGCUCUGCCUCCAGCUGACGGGCCGAGGCUGUAGCCAUCUGCCUGAGCACAGCCUUCCGCGUGGGCAGUGGACACAGCCAGCCCCGGACCCCGGUGGAAGGAGGGAGCCUGUCCCCAAGAUGACCCUGUCCCAGAGUGCGGCCAGGCAGCUGGACACUGGAGGGCACCUGAACCAGGGCCAGCCUCACCUGGCCUCCAGGCCACCACCGGAAGGAGACACUGGCCUCUGUCCACAAGAGGGGUGUGGCGUCCCUCAAGCGGAGAAGCCGAGCCAGCCUGCUGUGAGCACCUACCUGGCAGAUGCCCGCAGGGCCCUGGGGGCUGCAGGCUGCAGUCAGCUCCUGGCAGCACUGACCACGUACAAGCGGGAUGAUGACUUUGAGAAGGUGGUGGCUGUGGUGGCAGCACUGACCACCUCGAGGCCUGAGGACUUGCCGCUGCUGCAGAGGUUCAGCAUGUUCGUGCGCCCACACCACAAGCUGCGCUUCUGGCAGACGUGUGCAGAUCUGACCGGCCAGCCCACCCCGGACACAGGCACUGUGCCCCCGGGACCCCAGGAAGGGAGCUCCGAGGUGUUUCCCAUCCUCACCCCCAGGGUGACCUGCUGGUGCUCUUGCCACCCCCACCCUGUCACCCCAGAGCCUCCGCAGCCUUGCGGGGCACGGGCAGCAGAGGCGCACCAGCCACCCCUCAGACUCACUCCUCUGUGUCCAGGCCCCUCCGAGCCAGAGAGACUAGGGAGGACCCAGAGCAAGAUCUCCUCCUUCCUCAGGCCACGGCUGGACCCCCGUGACCCCACGGACAGACAGUCUGAGUGGACCCCCAGGAGGACACUGCGUGCUGGGCCUGGGGUGCCUCCACCAGGAAGCAGAGCCACCGGCCACUCUUCUGAGAGGCCUGGGCACGGCAGGGCCUCCAAGGCUGAGGCCACCCUCCCUGGAUGCAGCGUGGACACUUGUCUGCUGGCUCAGGGUGGGCCAGGCCCAGCACCAGCCACCUACCAGCCAGAGAGGCCGGUCUGCACAAGGGACACCCCUGAGACAGCAACCAGGUCUCGGGCCACCUGGGAGAAGCCCUGAAGCCACCGUGGGGUGGGUGGGCGAGGUGCUUCCCCAGAACUUUCCCUGGCUGCUGGCUUGUGGGGGUGGGGGGCUCAGGGGUCCACAGCUGGGCCGCACCUGGAGCGGGUGGUCUGCUCCCUGGCAUGCUGGGACUGUGCCUGGAGGUGGGCUGAAUAAAGCUGCUGGCACACGCGGA